GCCUGGCUAUAGGACAUGGAUCAUAAUAUUUAGGUUCAAUGAACUCCCAUGAAAAAGUAGACUCCUUGUAGAUCGGUCUUUUCUUGUCAAAUAAGGACUAGAAAACGUCCGGUUCGAGAGAAAGAAAAAACAAAUCUAAUUGCGAGACACUUAGAGAAACACUGAAGGAUGGUGCCGGAAGCGCUGCUGUCUGGAAUGAUGCUCAUGUGCGUCAUGAUCGUGUGCCUGUGGACCAACUGCAACAAAAGAGCGGUACUCGCAGAGGGUCAGUUCACCGUCCCUGGGAAAACCUUCGCGGUCUAGCGCGUUGGAGGUGGAGGUGGAUCUCCAAGGGAAGCUCCAGUUCGUUUGGUGACUGAAACUGUGAUCGUGGAGUGAGUUUCAGUAGCCAUUGGUAGAGUCGGAAUAUUUCGUUUCAGCACGCUGGAAGUUUGUAACAUAAGAUUACUGUAUAAUCUGAUUUCUUGUUGAAAACAGGGAAAGUGAAAGGAGUGAAAGUGACAAAACGUUUAGAUUUGUAAUCUGAAACGUUUCGCAUGAUCAUAACAAACAUUAGCGAAGCGCAAUACCAAGUUAUAAAUUAGGACCAACAGUUACAUCACAGCCACAAAACCAACAUUUCACACAUUCCAAUGACACAAAUUAGUAAAUCCUUCUGACCACUGAGUAAACAAUCAUUGGGUUUUUUGCCGUCAUUGCCACACGAAGCCAGAGUCGUAGAACCCUCGACGAUCUCCUAGUUCGGGGUCUCUCUCUCGACGUCACUGCAGACGAACCGCACGGACAUCAUGCUUGCUGAGUUGGUCCUAACCGGAGUCUUCGGCGCCGCGUUCUACCUCAUCCUGGACCAGAUGAGGCUGCUGAAAGACCCGGUCGUUGUGGUCGUUAGGGAUGCCCGAGACCCCGAGGGAGAGCAGCAAGGGGCAUCAGACAAGAAGGAAAAGAAAGACGCAAAGACUCCUGCCAAGAGGACCCCGGACGCCGCCAGAAAAGAGGACUGACGGAUUCUCGGGCGGUUCAUGCAUGGCUUCUGACUGGAGUGCGACUCAUAGGUGGCCUGAAGGAUUCGUGUGGCUCAGUAGGAUUAAAAUAGCAUAAAAAGGGCAACAUAGAGUAGUUGCAUGAGUUAGCCUCGGCCUCAGUAGUUUUGUAGCACAUUAGCCUUCGCUUCGAUUUCGUUUUACAACAUAGCGACUGUUAGACUGAUAAUAGCAAUAUAGUGACGCGCUUAUAUAGUAGGCUUAAAACAACCGUAUGGUUAUAAAUAAUAGAUACAAGUAAGCACGUUAAUAAGGUAUACAUCUUUCUCUAGGCUUCAUCUUAGACCAUUGCAUAGAAGGGCAGCCAAUCACCUAGCUCACACAAAACGAAAAAAAAGUAACCAGACUGGUAUCAAGCAAUAACAAGCAAUCACGGUGCUCGAGGGGGCAGUUCACACAAUUGACAAAUCACCUGACAAAUUACCAAAUUUUCCGAAAGAGACCGGAGCUUUGUUAGGAACCGCAUGGAGCUUAGCCUCUCUUAUUUCUUUCUAGAACCAGUAACAUCUCUGGGUUUGGGGUUAACCUGUGCUGAAUAGCGGGAGAAAUUAUGAAAGCACAUUUUCUCUGCAUUAAAGAAUCUAUAAACGAAUGAGUUAAGUAUAUCAAAGAAAGAGAUCCCAAUAUCAUAAAACACCGACAAGAGGGUUAGAUCCCCCAGGCCUGGAUAAUAGACAUACAACGGUUAGUAAAACAAGAUGAUCCGGAGAAGAGGACCAGAAGAGGGCGGUUAUUACCUUAAGAAACUACAAGACGAAGAGGAUUCACAGAGCAAUAAUGGCGAGGUGCCGGAGAUGACGGAGAGGCUCUUCAAAGUGAUCAUUAUCGGGGAUCCUACGGUGGGCAAGACAUCCUUCGUGCAACGCUACGUGCAAGAUUCCUUCAGGAGGGACUACAAGGGAACAGUCGGAGUCGAUUUCGCGCUCAAGAUCCUAAAAUGGUCCGAUUCUGAGACGAUAAAGUUGCAGCUCUGGGAUAUUGCAGAAUCUUUUAGUAUAGCGAUUCCUGAAAUGGAGCCAAGGGGAGUGGCCACAACAUUGCCAGCUCUCAUCAGGAGGGAAGUAAGGAGCUGGCAUAUGGUCAUUGCGACAUUGGGUAAUAAGGCUACUGACCUAGACUUUACCGAAGAUGUUGCUGUUUAUUCAGUGUCUCUAGAAACCCUAGUAGUGUCUCUCGAUGUAAUUCACAGGGUGGUGAAACCCCUGGGUAUAGUGGCAUCGGUGGUUGACUUUGCCAGGGACCCGCGAGAAAUGCGUGAAAGGAAGCCAAACUGUGCCUUCUUAUCUCCACACUUAUUCCUGACACGCGGAAAGCCUCUCUCACCCAUUCUGUCUGCAUUCCAGUGUGAUUUGCCGCACCGCCAAGUCGACCAACUAGAAAUAGAGAAAUUGUACAAAGACCACAGCUUCACGGGAUGGACGGAGACCUCAGCUAAGGAAGGACUGAUGGUGACUGAUUCCAUGAGGUUCCUGGUGGACGUGAUGAUGAAGCAGAAGGACGACCGGGACGAGGACUCCACCCAGUCGUCUCUGCGCCUCACGCCCGCCGACCCCGAGAAGCCCCACGGAUGCUACUGCUAGGACCCGGGUGGUCGCGGCGGCGGCCCCGGUUGCUGCGCUGGGACGAGGGCCUCGCUGUCUCCACCGUCAGCCUGUCGCAUUUGAUGUUAUCUCUGUUGUAGUGAGAUGCCAAAUUGCCCAUUUCCAAUUCUCUGUAUAAUUUUCAAAAAAACGAGAGAGAUUAUGAGACCCAUUAUUACUGAGUAAAUAAAGUGCACAGAAGUCAUAAUGUUUACAAGGUCACCGAUAGCAGACCAAAGGGAGUAUCAUCGGUAGUAAUUUAAGUAACAGCCAGUAGUUACUAAGGAGGUGGCUUAGGUAUGGUUGAUGUUUGUACAAUGUCCGGUAUGUUUCAUCCAAAGAAAAUGAGGGAAAAGUUUCGUAUCCGUCUUUGUGUCCCAUGAACAUCUGGAGUAUAAGACUUACCUUGGCUGCGGGAUCCUGUGACCUCGGUUAGGCUCACUUGGAUGGUGACGUCGCCACAAAAGAAUAAAUAGGGAAAGUAAGUGAAUGAAUGAGAGAGAGAGAGAGAGAGAGAGAGAGAGAGAGAGAGAGAGAGAGAGAGAGAGAGAGAGAGAGAGAGAGAGAGAGAGAGAGAGAGAGAGGGAGGAGGGUGAGUGGGAGAGGGGUAGAGAUGGAGAGUUGAGAUCAAACAAAAAUAAGAUGCAAGCACAGAGGGUCUGCUUCCGCCCCUCAUCUCUGAAUCAUCCACGUUGUGACUCGCAUAAUGACACAUAACACUUGUAAACAAAUACAGGUUUUCUAUUUACACAGUACGACGAAGUGUAACUAUCUGUAUAUAACUGUGUCAUUGUAAACUGGAAUGGUAGUUAUAGAAAUCUGUAUAUAGGAUUUGUUCUCACAACUUAUAUAGUUAAACACACAUGUGGUGACAAAGAUUCACCUACGUGUGUGUGUGUGUUAGCUAUAUUAUUAGACAGGUCUAGUUAUUUGAAGGAAUGGUUUACUAGAAGUACUUGUUCAUCUUUACAAGCUAUGUAUAAGAAAAAGUUUUCACACUGAAUUAUAUCGAAACACGAUUUAUAAUAAAGAUAGACUGUUAGUAUAUUGUAGUGAUAUAUUAAAUAUGUUAGAGAUAGAUAGUGGUGCGUAACUAAAAACAUCACAAGACCAAAAACAGAGCAUUUAACCACUCCUACAUCAUAAAUUAAGAUAUAUAUGUUUGCAUAUGUGUAAUAUAUAUUUUUGGCAGCUGCAACGAAAUUUAUUCGUUUAGACAGAUAGACCAAGUUCUGCAUAAUGCACCAAAUGACGAAUGUGGAACCAAAACAAUGACUUAAUGAAUUUUAUAUGAUGACAGUAAGCAUUAAAUUGUAUUCCAAUUAGGUUCUUAUUGCAACUUGAUCGAUAAUUGCAAGGAUAAGACAUUGCUUGACACGCAGUACACAGCGGUUUAUCUACCUGGUGAAUGUUGCAGAUUAGAUAUGAAUAUAUCUGUGUUCCUAUACUAGAAUUAGGAACAUCAUGAUGCUUCUAUUGGACACAAUAAUCAUUGAAAACGGCAUUCCAUUCAGUACACUACAGCGACUCUCCUCUAAAAGAUAAAACAAAAAAUCAUUGCAAACACAAGGAUAAGACAUUUGUACCUUGAAUAUGCACAGGAAACACUCUCCUGAAAAUUCACUCUAAGAAUAUAACCAAAAUAUAUCUAACAUUGCUUCCUUUUGGAUAUUUUGGAACCAUAUCCAUUUCGGAGUGAUGAUAGAGGAUCACACAGCCACAGUCAUUUUCUUUUUCCUUUUUAUUUUUAUAUAACUUUUUUUUUUUAAGGUGAUAACGGAAACAAUAUUCUGCUUCUUUUAUCCUUUCCUUGUUGUAUAUUUGCCAUUAUAGUUGUAUGUCAUUCAUUAGGCUGACCACUAGAUAUUUGAGCUAAAAGUGUCUUUCUGAAGGACUAUUGUGUUACAAGAGCUUGGCAAACUGAUAGCAAAAAAACGUUCGAAUUUGGGUACACUUGCUGUGAGAAAAAAAGUAAAAGUUUAUGGAAGAUUGAGCAAAGAAGUUGUUUUUGAGAAUGUGAUUUUCACCAGAAUAUACAGUGAGAAAUUAGACACAAUCACAUAUUUUCUCCCAAACUAUACAUUUUUACUUAUCAAUCAGAGACAGACACCAGAAAGGAUGCAUGUAUAUAUGUAUACAUACAUACACACACACACACACACACACACA